AUGCGUCUUGCUCUGCGGCCACGCAGUGGUUGCCUGGUGCUCUGUCUGUGUGUGUCAGUGUUCACCCUGCUGCUGCAGAGCCUGUGGGUGCCACUUGAGAUGACCCAGGAUGAACCAGUUGGGAGGUCCCCUGAGGAGCAGGGUCAGCGCGGCCUCGGCCUUCGCAGGCUGGCUCUGCGGUUAGAGGCUCUGAGCUCUCAGGUGCAGAGGCUGAGCAGGGAGAGAGAUGCCACCCAACCUGCCAGAGAUGACCUCAGUCUGCUGCUGCAGAGUCUCAGGCAGGACCAGGAAGGCUUGGUCCGCUUGAUAGAGGGGGAGCUGAAGAGAAUGGCCCAGAAGCUCGACCAGAUCAGCCACCAUCAUCACCAUCAUCAUCAGUCUCACACACCGCCACCACAUGAUGACCACAGACCACACACAGGCCCCUAUGAGGUGUGUGAGGUGCCAAUGGAUCCUGCGUAUCCUGUGUGUGCCGAGAAAGUGGAGUUCCUGCGGGCCCGCUGGCAGUCAGACCCCUGCUAUGCCUUUUAUGGGGUUGACGGUACCACCUGCUCCAUAUUGACUUAUCUUAGCCAAAUAGAGGGCUUCUGUCCCCCCCGUCUUGGAGGAAACCACUCGGCACUGCCAUGGCACCAGAAACCUCACUCCUACACACAGAAGGCUGAGAUACGAGCGAGUCUGAGCUCAUUGUAUGAGAUGACCAGCAGCAACAGUGGUCCUGCAGUGAGGUUCAUGCGGUCCAGAGUGGAAAGGAUGUCUGAGCAGUGGAUACAGGCCGGCCUGAGGAUGAGGCAGAGCAGAAACAAGACAGCUGCACCACAGAUGAAAGUGCUGCUGUAUCCUGGCGCCCUGUCUGGAGGUGCAGGCCAGCGGUUCCAGGCCAUGGUGGAGAGAGGGGGUCCUUUAGGGGAGCUGGUCCAGUGGGCUGACCUCAGUGCCUGUCUGACCAUCCUGGGCCACAAUCUGACCCUCAGCACCUCUCAGCACCACCUCCACAGUCUCAUAGGAGCUGCCCCAGGCCGAGGAAGCUGUCCAAUCCAGAGGCCCUUGACCUUUGACCUCAUCUAUACAGACUACCAUGGACUUGCCCACCUUCAAGGAGCCAUGGGACUCGCCUUCCUGCACUACCAGUGCCGCUUCAGGAUCCUGGACUCAUUUGGCACCGAACCAGCCUUUAACUUGGGGACUUACGCACGCAGCCAUGGUUAUAAAACUCUGUGGGGAAGCUGGGGUCUCCAACCACUGCAGUACAUGACAAUGUUCCCUCACACUCCUGAUAACUCCUUCCUGGGCUUUGUGAGUGAGGAGGCAGUAAGGCAGGAGGUGAGGGAGGAAGAGCUGGAACCAAACUUCAACAGGAAAGAAAACAUAGCAGUAGUCUAUGGCAAACAGGACUACAUGUGGCAGGGUAAAUCUGGGUAUGUGGAGGUGAUCAGUGAGGACCUGGAGACCCAUGCCACGGUCUAUGAGCCUCCGGGACGUGCCUCCACGUUGCCCAGCUUCGUCAUCAACCACGGCCUGCUGAGUCAGGAACACUUCCUCCGACUGCUGCGGAGAGCCAAGGUGUUUGUAGGUCUUGGUUUCCCCUAUGAGGGUCCAGCUCCCAUCGAGGCCAUCGCUUUGGGCUGCGUUUUCCUCCAGCCUCGUUUUGACCCACCACACUCCUCGGACAAUAGUGACUUCUACAAAGGCAAGCCCACCACAAGACAGAUCUCCUCCCAGCAUCCAUAUGUUGAAGACUUCAUCGGUAAGCCCUAUGUUUGGACUGUGGACACGAGCAACUUGACUGACGUACGGGAGGCCGUCAGGGCCAUUCUGCGCACAGAGGUGAAGCCUUUCACCCCCCGAGAGUUUACCUGUGAGGGGAUGCUAGAGAGGGUUCACGCUUACAUUACUCAUCAGAACUUCUGCAGUAAAUCCCUGCCUACCUGGCCACCAGAGGGCGCUCUAAGGGUGCACCUUGGUCCCCUGGGUCAGUCGUGUGUGAGUGUGUGUCGGCGCUCCUCCAUGGUGUGUGAGCCCGCUCUGUUUCACUACCUCAACAGCCCGGCUGCUUUCACCAGACUGGGGCUAGGCUGUUCUAACAUGGGACAAGAAGUAAACCACCUGUUUCCUGCCUAUAACCCUUGGGGUCGGCACUGUGGCCUUCAACAGGAACCUUUGCUGUUUAGCUGUGCAGGCUCUGACCCGUCCCGCCACAGACUCUGUCCCUGCAGAGCUCACCUACCUGGACAGGUGGCACUGUGCCCUCACUGCCUCUAGCGGGCACUGUGAAUUGACUCAGGAUAUAGGAAUAACAGGGAAAAAGAGACAAAAAAGGUAAUCUGAUCAAGUACACACCAAAGACCUCUAUACAUACACUAUACACUACACAUAUACUAUACACUAUACAUUCUGUAAGGGAAACCUGGAUCUGGACCAAAAACAGCCAAAAGCUUUGCCUGUUUUGUUGAAAGUUUGAGAUCUAACUUUUGACUUUGUUAUGGCAGACAGCAAAGUAAAAUUUCACCCUGGUGUUUUAUCUAGGCUGCAUUUUUAUUACACUCAUGCCAAACCUCAGCAUGAGUUAAAAGUUCACGAAAUCUCAUCUGGCAUCAUGCACUGUGCCAAUAAUUUGAGGGCAUCAUUGCAUUGCUUUUUUUUUUGGGCUAUCAAA